CACCGCAGGCCGAUCAAUAUACCAAUCUGCGAGGAAUGAAAUGUUGGGAGUAAAUAGAUGACACUAACCAUGUAAAUUGAUGCCGAAAUGAAGAUCAUUUGAUGGCAGGAAUGGAAGGGGACGACUGGAUGUUGUACAUGGUGAGACGUGAAGUCAAGAUGGAUCGUUAACUGUACUUGUUGGGUCGUGCAAGUGCAAAAUACCGGGCUGUGUGCGCCUUGCGUGAUAGAGGAAUGCCUAUUGUUACCAACAGCACCAACAGCCAGUCGACAAUGGUGGCCAUUAUUUGCUCAUCGCUAUAGCCAUGGUGGUAUAGACAUAGCGAGCCGCUGGGCCAAAACACAGCAGGUAACGUGAAUACAUUGAUAUCGAAUUGCACGCUUGGAAUUCCAUUCGUAUCAUCAUGACGGAUUCGGGGUUUGGAACCGUUGACAGUUCUACGGUUUCCUCCGGUAUCCCAAUGGAUAUGUGGAACGACACCAUGGAGUCUACGACCGAGAUGGCGUGGGAGAAUAUCACACUUUCUACGGCAGCAUCAUGGAUAAACGGCAGCACGAACUCGAUGGACCUCAACAACAGUUCAGGGUAUCUAACCCUAGACGUAACCCUCGAAUCCAAUUCCACAACAGCUGGUUUUGUGAAUGCCACUAGUUUGAUUGCCUCUACCGUAACCAGUAGCUCAACAGCUUCUCUGACAACUUCAGAGCCAGUUGCAGCUUCAGGGGUUGCGAUCGCAGCAGCCGUAUUUAUGGUAAUGUUUCUUCUUCUUGCUCUGGCAGGAAAUGUAUGCUGCCUGAUUGCUCUCAGACACAAAACCUUAGAGAAAGCUGUCGCGAUCUACACCUUCUUGGGCAACCUCUGUGCUGUUCAAUUCAGUGAUAGUAUCCUAAACAUGAGCCUGAUCAUUGGAGCUGCUUCCAGUGGCGGCUGGCCGUUUGGAACCUUCAUGUGCCAGUUCAGUGCCUUCAUUCUAAACCUACUCAACGCAGAAUCCAUUCUAGCUUUGACUUUGCUUGCCCUUGACCGCUUGCUAGCGGUCAAAUGGCCUGAAACUUACAGCAAUAUGAACAGGGCCAAAGCCAGCUUCAUCACAGGGUAUGCAUGGCUCCACGGUACCCUCUUCACACUCUUUAUCCUAGCUGGGGUCAUUCCUUCCGAAUACCUCCCAGAUUGCUACCUCUGCUCAGUUUCAUCGGGGACAGGUUACGUGUACGUCGUGUUUUUCUCAUUAUUUUGCUACAUUCUCCCGCUGAUCAUCAUAAUUUCAAUGUAUGGCGUCAUCGUUAAGGUGGCUGUAGACGAGAAGCCAACAGUGCAGAACUUUAAUGCCGAGCUGCACUACGCCAACAGGCUGGGUCGUCGGUCAAAGCUCUGGAGCGAACUCAGACGAGCUAAGGUCAUCGGGGCACUUGUGAUCUUUUGGUGUGUGUUUCAAGGUCCUUACCUAGCCUUGCAGACUGUCUACCUUUACGGUAACUCCAGCUAUCCAAGUGAAACUGAUAAUGUUUUCUCAUCUGAUCUGAAGACUGCCUUCACGUGGAUGCGAUUCUGCUAUCCGUGGAUCGUCUCCGUCGUGGUCAUCGUAGGCUUCCCUGAGGUCAGGGAAGAGUUCGUCAGCUCCGUUUGCCACAAAAACAACACAGUCAACUCCGGGAUGGGAAAGCAAGAGAUGCUGGCCAAACCAGGCGUGCGGACCUCAUGGGCGAGCGAUGCAUCAAGCAGCCGACCAUCCACUCUAGGUCGAUCAUUCCAGGUCCCCGUCCUGUUUGCCACAUCGGGAGGUCUUCGGCUCCAGAUUGGCAACAGUAAGAGAGACAAUGACGUGGACAGAGCAGCCGAUUACCGGCAAGAUGGUUUCCAUCCAGACCCAAGGAUGAAGUACGACCCCACCAAGUCCCGCUACCCUCCACCAUUGACCCCAGUACCUCAAGGUAGUGAUGAGGAGACUGGUGGAAGUUGGGACCUACGUACUGGCAUCCCUGAACCAGAAGAGGUCGCCCAGGAGGCCACACUCGUCUCUACCAUCAGCUCAUCAGAUCCUGAGCGUACCAGGUCGCAAAGUACCUCGUCUAGUUUCCAGCUUUCGUUGACCAGUCGGGAGCUGAAGAUGCACCGUAGUUCCUCACCGAAAAGCCCUGUUGGUAGCCCAAGGAAUGUGUUGACAGAGACCCCACCUGGAUCUAUUCCACCAUCUGAAUCCAGCACACCUCGGUAGUAUCGACAGGGAGCGCCAUCUUUUCCCGCCUUUUCACCACCCCGAGCAAGGAAAAUGAGACAUGUAACAGCCGUCGAGUGCAGCCGUUUUGACCAGAUCUUGUGGUAGAGGUCUACGUGAUCACCGUGUUCAAGGGUUAGCCAUUAUGUUUUGUGGAUAACAUGAAUGUACAUUUAAAUUCGCACGGUUUUGUCGAGGUUGGUAGCCUAAUAACUUGGGAAAAUUAAGAAAGAAAGGCAAGCUACAAUUAAAUAACAAAACUAAAGGUAAUUUUUCCGAGUAUAAAGCAUCUCUUUUGUUGGUUUUGUGGGCGUUAUUUUCAUACAAUUUGUUUUUAACCUUUUGAGCACCUUUGCCAUACUGCGGUCAGAUGCCCUGCCUGCAUAAACCUACCUUUGUCACUUUACGAAAAAGAUACCAGACUAUCAAUUAUUCACCGCAGCUGUUUUACUGGGAAAAAAGGGGGAAAACCCAAAACAUUCUGACGGAUACAAAAUGGGGAAGUUUGUUUGUAAGUGCCUUAGUCUACGAGAAAUUCAAAAGCAUUAACCCAGUUUUUAAACUUUGAAGUGUCGAAAGGACAUUGUAAACCCCACUGUCAGUGUAGCACUUCACUAUGUGUAUGUGAGGUGAACUAUGAUUGUCUACAUUAUAAAAUCAAUCAGGCAACAAACUUUAGAUAAAAUUUGAUAAUUUUGUCUCGAUAACGGGCUGAUUCAUAAUGUUAGUUUAGCAAUUAUGUUUGGAUAAAGAAUUUUGUGAUGUAAAGUCUAUGCAUGCUGUU